AUGGCCUCUGUCCCAAUCCGAGCUGCAUGCGACACCAGCUCCUUGAACCUCUCAAAGAUCGUUCACAGGAUCAGGGAUCAAAACACCGGACACCCAAAACGAUCACCACCACCGGAAUCAAGAUACCAACCUCAUCACCCGCCAUCCUCCGAAGAGCAGCACCAGAAAAGAUCUAUCUUCGUCACCUCCAGCAGUAAACCCAACCCCUACAUCCCAGAACCCGCACCCGCCGUCGAAAUCUCCAACGUAAGAGGCCCUACACAGUCAUCAUCAUCAAACACUGGACACACUCCAAGUAUCAGCAUCGAAAUCGAAACCCCGAUCUACGUGGCUCGAAGCAAAUCGUCGUCGCAUGUCGUCAGUCAGUCAGCCCACGAUCUCAUCAUCACCAAAGCAAAAGAAAAGGGUGUGUUUCGCGUUUCAUAUACAGGAAGCCACUUGAUCCGUUCGUUCGAUCGAUCAUCCACGUCCGAAAACUCCGACGUCAUGAGACGAUACCUGUACCGAGAGCCUGGUAAGUUGAUGCUGUUCGGAAAAAGAAAACGCAUACGUGUAACAUCUUCGUAUACUUUCGUUCGACUUGCAGCGAUGACCCUCUUUUCUUCGAUGGACAUCAGAGCUUCGCCGGAGGAAGAGUCUUUGAUGUGA